UCACAAAUAACGUUUACAUAAAUUAGACCGACUCCAAUUCCAAGCAAACCCUAAUAGAGGUUUCCCCUUCAAACUUCAAAAACCCUAGCUCCUAGUUUGAAAAAGCUAAUUCACAUUUUCUAUAUAACUGGACAUUGAUAAAGAUCUCUCAAUUUGAUCUGAUCCCAAAUAGGUAAGGCCUCAACUCUCACGACCAUCUAUCCCUGUUUAUCGCUCACUUCCGAUUCGGUUCAAUCUUUUUAACACUCCGCCUAGAUAUCUCAGAUAGAGAGAAGGACAAGAAAAAUCUUAAUUUUCUUGGAAAACAAUACUUAAUAGAGCAAGAAAGUUCAAGAAAAUAAAGGGUUUCUAUAUUUCUGGGGUUUUGGGUUGGAAGAGGUUUUUUGUGCCUCAUGGCUGAUCUUGAGAAGGCAAUACUCAUACUUUUUGAUGAAUCGGGCGCAGUUGAUUCGGAGUUGAAAUUAAAGGCAAAGGAAUAUUGUGAUAAAAUUAAGGAAGAACCAGCAAUCUGUAGACUUUGUAUAGAAAAGUUAUGCUUUUCUAACUUGGUUCAGAUACAGUUUUGGUGUUUACAGACCCUUCACGAUGUUAUUCGAGCUGGGUAUUCAGCGAUGAGUCCAGACGAGAGGUAUUUAAUUAGAAAAUCCGUGUUCUCUAUGGCCUGUUUCGAGGGAUUGGACGAUCACAAUGUUAGGAUAUUGGAGGGUCCUGCAUUUAUUAAGAACAAACUUGCUCAAGUUUUGGUGACUCUUAUAUAUUCGGAAUAUCCUUUGAUAUGGUGGUCUUUGUUUGUAGAAUUUUUGCCUCAUUUGAGCAAAGGGGCAGCAGUAAUAGAUAUGUUCUGUCGGGUUUUGAAUGCGUUGGAUGUUGAGUUAAUUAGCUUGGACUAUCCUCGAACGCCUGAAGAAAUUGCUGUUGGAGGGCGGGUGAAGGAUGAAAUGAGGCAGCAUUGUGUAUCUCAAGUAGUUAGAGCUUGGUAUGAUAUAAUAUCCUUGUAUAGAAAUUCGGAUGAAGAACUUUGUUCUAGCGUAUUAGAAUCCAUGAGGAGAUACGUUUCUUGGAUUGAUAUUGGCUUAAUUGUGAAUGAUGCUUUUAUCCCAUUGUUGUUUGAGUUGGUUUUGGUUGAUGGGCUAUCUGAACAACUUCGUGGUGCUGCAGCCGGUUGUUUGUUGGCAGUUGUUUCAAAGCGAAUGGAUCAUCAAACAAAAUUGUCUCUUUUGCAAAAUCUUCGUAUUAAUCGGGUUUUUGGGCUGGUAAACAAGGAUGGGGAUUCAGAGUUGAUUUCUAGCAUAACUACACUUCUUACAGGGUAUGCGGUGGAGGUUUUAGAGUGCUUUAAAAGGUUGAAUUCUGAGGAUGCUAAGAGUAUCUCCAUGGAGCUUCUGGAUGAGGUUUUGCCCUCUGUUUUUUAUGUUAUGCAGCAUUGCGAAUUGGAUUCCACAUUUAGUAUCGUUCAGUUUCUUUCUUGCUAUGUUGCCACAAUGAAGAGUCUUUCUCCUUUGAGAGAGAAACAGCUGCUUCAUGUGGGUCAGAUAUUGGAAGUAAUUCGUUCCCAGAUACUCUAUGAUCCUACCUACCGUGAUAGUCUUGAUAAAUUAGAUAAGCUUGGGAAAGAGGAAGAAGAUAGGAUGGUGGAGUUUAGAAAGGAUUUAUUUGUCCUGCUACGUACUGUGGGUCGUGUAGCGCCUAAUGUUACUCACUCAUUUAUCAGUAAUUCGUUAGCUAGCGCUGCUGAAUCUCCGCCAGAGAGAAAUGUAGAAGAGGUGGAGGCUGCACUUUCUCUUCUCUAUGCAUUUGGUGAAUCUGUAAGUGAUGAGGCUAUGAGAACUGGAAGUGGACUCUUGAGUGAGUUGGUGCCAAAGCUUUUAUCUACAACAUUUCCCUGCCACUCUAACAGGCUGGUGGCACUUGUGUAUUUGGAAACAAUAACAAGAUAUUUGAAGUUUGUUCAGGAAAAUGCAGAAUAUAUUCCCAUGGUAUUGAAUGCAUUUCUUGAUGAAAGGGGUAUGCACCACCCAAGUAUCAACGUGAGCCGUAGGGCUAGUUAUCUGUUCAUGAGGGUUGUGAAAUUGCUGAAAGUGAAACUCGUUCCGUACAUAGAGAAAAUUUUGCAGAGCUUACAAGACACGGUUGCUCGCUUUACUUCUUUGAAUUGCGCAUCAAAAGAGCUUUUGGGAUCUGAAGAUGGCAGUCACAUUUUUGAGGCGAUUGGUUUGCUAAUUGGGAUGGAAGAUGUGCCGCCCGCAAAACAAUCAGAUUAUCUUUCUUCUUUGCUCACCCCUCUUUGCCAUCAGGUAGAGGCAUUGCUUAUGAAUGCCAAAGUACUGACUCCAGAAGAGACACCUGUAAAAGUUGCAAACAUACAGCAGAUAAUUAUUGCAAUUAACUCUCUCAGCAAGGGUUUCAGUGAGCGUCUUGUAACUACCAGCCGUCCAGCAAUUGGCAUCAUGUUUAAGCAGACAUUGGAUGUUCUCCUCCAAGUGCUUAUUGUGUUUCCAAAGAUAGACCCCUUGCGAAGCAAGGUGACAUCAUUUUUACACCGCAUGGUGGAAACAUUGGGAGCCUCUGUUUUUCCAUUCCUUCCAAAGGCAUUGGAGCAAUUACUGGCAGAAAGUGAGCCAAAGGAGAUGGUUGGCUUGCUUGUGUUACUGAACCAACUUAUAUGCAAAUUCAACACAUUAGUCCAUAACAUCUUGGAUGAAGUAUUUUCUGCUAUUGUUGGUAGGACAUUGAGUGUUAUUCCAAGAGAUGUAUUUCCAUCAGGACCUGGAACCAAUACCGAGGAAAUUCGUGAAUUGCAAGAACUUCAGCGGACUUUCUAUACUUUUCUUCAUGUGAUAGCCACACACGACCUUUCUUCUGUUUUCCUAUCUCCCAAAAGCAGGGAGUACUUGCAUCCUAUAAUGCAGUUGCUAUUGUUCACAGCUUGUAAGCAUAAGGAUAUCACUGUUAGAAAGGCAUGUGUUCAGAUAUUUAUUAGAUUGAUCAAAGAUUGGUGCGGCAGGCCUCAAACAGAAGAAAUGUUACCUGGUUUCCAAAGUUUCAUAAUUGAGAACUUUGCAACACAUUGUUGUUUGUAUAGCGUGCUUGAAAAGUCCUUUGAAUUUCGUGAUGCAAAUACUAUUGCUUUGUUCGGAGAAAUUGUAUUAGCUCAGAAGGUCAUGUACGAGAAGUUUGGGGAUGAUUUUCUAGUUCACAUUGUUUCAAAAGGCCUUCCAGCGGCGCAUUGCCCACAGGAUAUGGCAGAGCAGUAUUGCCAGAAUUUGCAGGGUUCUGAUAUAAAGGCAUUGAAGUCAUUUUACCAGUCCCUCGUUGAAAAUUUGAGGGUUCAUCAGAAUGGCAGCCUUGUUUUCAGAUAGCAUCAUAAAGGUGCCAGUGGAAAUUACUUGUUCUCAGAUAACUUCUCUUUUGUCCUGAAUCAUGGCAAUGCGUUUUUGUUUGCCAAAGGGUUUUUGUGUGUACAUAUCUUUCUUUCGGCUGUCUUUUGAUGAGUUGUAAAUUUGAGGAGGAAAUUUUGCCUGUGAAAAUUUUGCUAUACAUCCAUCACCCAGAUUGGAGCUGCUUGGUCUGUAUUCAAGCCUCGUGGAUUUUGUCAAUAUUAUUGUUUAUUUUCCCCUCUAUUUUUGAAGGUUGUACGCAUUAUCUUUUAAUUUUAUUUAUUUUUUAAAUUUUAUUGUUGGGAUUUAUAGAAUUCCUGUGAAUUAGUUCAGCUACAAUUUUUAAGCUUCACCGUUUGAAGCUUCUGUAGUCUAUUAAUUUUAAUUAUUUGACCCCUGUGAAAAUAAAAACUAGGCAACCUCUACUUUUCUUCAUAAUUGUCAUCAUUGAUUCUUUUUU